AUGAACUGGGAGCACAGGAUAAGUGAGAUGAAGCAGGCUGCCAUUGUCUACAUGGAUAGGAGUGGGGGACUGCAAAAGUUUAUUGCAGACUGCAAGAAAUAUCAUGAGUCCAGUCAUAGUUAUGCUAUGUACCGGUUUGUAAUUUCUGUUAACCCUAUGGAUAUUACAGAGCUGAAUGCCACUCUUGGAAAUUAUAUUUUGCAUGAACCAGUGAGAGCUACACACAUUUUUCGAAUGGUUUGUGAUUGUGCUAUUAAAACACUUUCAUUAAUUGGACAAUACCAGACUGAAGCUCAGAUUAAUGUGAUCUUGAAACUAACUCACUUGCCUGAAUUACAAGGCUAUCGCUUAAGCCUUAGUGAAUUUCCUUUUCAGUACAAAUCCAAGCGGUUCUUUAUGCUGGAAGGCAUAGUGAUUGCAGUGACCACCGUGACUAAGUAUACACAAGGGGCAAGAUUUCUCUGCUCUGAGACAAGCUGCCCUUUUAGUGAAGGAUUUCACUUCAUAAGAAUUCAUGUACCUGGCGCUACAGAAUCAUCUACUGUUAGGCACGAUUUUGUCUGUGACUUAUGUGCCUCACCCCUCAAAGAAGACAUGAAAUACAGAGUGCUUGGAGAUAUGCAGGUGGUUGAUUUAAUAGAUACAAAGGCACUGCAUCAUUUUCAGGGAGUUUUCAGUAACUGUCAGAGGUAUCGAUUACAGUCUUAUGCAGUGUUUGUGAGAGAUGAGUUAAUUAACAGGAUGAAAAUAGGAGGAAAGUACAGAGUUGUUGGGAUACCAACAUGCGGGACUAAUGGUUCUCAAGUAACUGUGUGUAUUGAGGCGAACAAUAUACAUCAUUACAUUCCUGAGUGUCCUUUAAAUAUAAGCAACACUUUUCAGACUCUCCACUCAAUGACCCUGAGUUCCCCGUGGAUUUUCACAGGAAUCUUGGCAAACAUCUUUGCAUCACAGAUUGUUCCAGUGGGCAUUUACAAUACUCUAAAACUUUGCAUUCUUCUUAGUCUUGUGCAGACCUGCAAUGAAGAUAAAGAGACUGGAAAUGUCUUAGAUCUUCUGGUUGUGACAAAUGAUACAUUAAUUGUAGACAGACUUAUGACUUACAGUAUUGGUCUUGUUCCACGAGGUGUUCGUCAUUUUUCUUCAAAUGAUAUAUUUACCACUGUAACUAAAGAUGAACGUGGAACAGGAACUGCCAGUAUCCAGGCAUGCAGUGCUUUGAUGGCUAAGGGUGGCAUAUGCUUAUUAGGAGAUUUAAGUUUGCAUAAAAAGGAAAAGUUUGACCACUUACAAUCAGUUUUAGAGAGCAGAAAUAUUACUGUAUUCAUCCCCGGAAAGAAAUAUGGAGAAGAUGCAGAUCACCAAAUUUGUAUUCCUGUUCAGUGCAAUUUCUGGUUAUAUGUAGACUCAUGUCUCAAGAAACAAGUUCAAAAAGAAAAUGUACUCAUUGGACAGAUGGACUUGAGUGUGGUGCCAUAUAAUUUGACAGAUGCAUUUGGAAUGCUUGUUUACUGCAAUGAAUUGUCCCAGAGCCAUCCAGUCCUCCCUCUUGUGCAACACAACCUGAAGAGAGCAGUAAAUCCAGGAACACACCUUUGUUCUGCAUCUGAGCAGUUCACAACGCAAGACUAUGAAAAGCUUAUUGCUUAUGCAAAAAAUUUGCAAGUGAGCCUUAGCUCCAAAGCAGAAAAACUUAUACAUGGUUACUAUUUAGCAAGCAGAAGAGUAAGAACAGACUCCAAUGGAUCAAAAAUAUCAACAUCUGCAUUAAGACAUCUUGUUUACAAUGCGGAACCUCAUGCAAAACUUUGUCUAAGAAGUGAAGAGGACAGAAAGAAGAUUGUUUUGAUUGCUGUUUUAUUGUUUGAAACUUCAGUCACAUUAAAACAUGGUAGCUCUGUAUUUCCUGUGCCUCCAAAUCCGUGGUUUCCCUUUGAACUUCAUGAUGAGAGCAGUUUGUACAACAGAGAUCUGUACCUGAGGGAAUGUCUUCAGAAUUUACUGUUGUUUGUCGUAACAUACGGGCCUACAAAUGUUGUUUCAAACGCUGAAGAAUAAGUCUGUUUUCGAAAGUUAAAAUAAUAAAAUAACUACUCUUCAGUUGUAACUUCCUGUUGAAUUAAUGUGCAGUAAUUUAAUAAAUAAGUAAAGUUUUUAA